AUGGAUGCCGAAUCUUCUGACAGCGAUGUCUCUGUUGGCGGAGGCGAUGAAUAUCGAUUCGCCGGCCCGUUGACCGCGCCGAUUCCUCUGCCGCCGCCAGCAUCAAAACACGCCUUGGAAUCUUCCGAUGCCGUUCAAGCACGUCUCGAUGAACUCCAGCGCGUCGAGGACCACAAUGUCAAGAAAUAUGAUCUGCUCAGGGCUAAGCGCGCUCGAAAAGACGACAAAAUCCGUCGCAGACGAGAAUUUCAGGACAAGAAAUGGGCUCUCAUUAUGGAAGCUCGUCAACGCAGGGAUGCCAGAAUUGAGGCACGCCGAAGGAGAGAGGAUGCGGCUUUUGUCCAGUUUGAUCAUGAGCUGGAGGAUGAAGAAAAUAAUCUCCGACGCCGGCUGAAACGACUCAAACGUGGACUACCACCCGACGACUCACCAGUACCAGGAGGCCGCAGCAUAUCCUCAUCGUCUAUGUCGCCGCCAGGUCCGGCGCUCUCGACCCUUCCCCCGCCUCCCAAGCGUCACCAGGUUGGUCCUCCAGGCCAGCCUGAUGCCAUUAAUUCAGUUCAGUCGAGACCAGCGCCGCAACCGAACCUAGCACCACCAGCAAAGAGCACUCUGCCCGCUCCCUCCUAUUCCUUCUACCGCGACUCGAGUUCAGCAUACUCACGUCCGUACCAUCACUCAUCCUACUCGACUACUCCAACCAAUGGGCCCCCAUCCAUGACGACCAACGGGUCAGGUCAUGGCCCGCCGCCCCCUGCUGAACGGCCGCAGCUGAACCAUGUAGGACGGCCGGCUUCCCCUCUGCAGCGACCUAUUCCCAGCACCCAGUCACCUGUGACACCAGCAACAAACCCCAAUCCACCGAGACAGAUCUAUGACACCCGCCCACCACCACCGACCACGUCUUCUGGAUUCGCUUCCAUCAACCCGCCACCGGCAUCGGGAUUUGCCACUAUCAAUGCAAGGACGACCGCAACCCCACCCGCGCCUCACGUUCCCUUGUCGAGACCCUUGAAUGAUUCAGAUCCAAACAGGACCCCCAAUCAUCCAGCCAACAAUGGAGUCGAAUCGAAUCAUUUCCAUUCUUAUCCCGGUGCUCCGAACACCUCCAACUCGACGCCGCAAACCGGGAGUGCCAGCAAACGUACACCCUCAACAACUCAUCCGUACCAAAUGUCCGAGGCAUUUGCCAACCGACACCACCACUGCGAAAGAGUCGACACCUUGAAUCGUGGCGUCUGGACGUCGUAUGGGCCGGGAGGCACAGCAGAGCAUCCGACGGGACCAGCAGUUGAGAUGUACCUUCGCUGCAAUCACGAUGGGUGUUCCCGUAUUGAUUGGCGCACUGUGCAUGGUCUGCAAUGCCACAUUGUUAAGAACCACGAUCAGCCGAAAGGCACCAUUGGUAGUCUUGACAAGGCGUUGGAGAGAUACGGCGUCCCAGUUAAAGAAGUCGAGGAAUUUGAAUUCCGCCACGGCCGAGGCACUGCAGGAACAAUGGCAGAUCCAAAGAACUUGAAGAUGAAGCUUAAGACAAAGGUCCAGAGUUUUGGGAGAGUUAGUACCCCGGGGUCUUUCAGUGUCGACCCUGAGGCGAGACCGGCCGGGUACAGACCUAGCCCGGCUGCCACCGACGAUAGUCCCACCAUGUCAGAGGGUCUCAAAAGAAGUCCAGACACAGCCAUGACAAAUGGCUCCCAAAAUCGUGCCGUGGCCAACGAGAACGGGGGACAUUCCACCCCGCAAACGACUACUAGCUCUCCUGCUACAACGCAUACGGCCGUCCGACCCGGUUGGAUGGGCGUAAAUGCGCCGUCGGCACCGGCAACUGUCGAACCGGAACCCAAACGUCUGCAAGGGGAUUUUAGUUCGAUCGACGCUCCAAGCAACGAGGACUCCACCAAUGCGCAAUCGACACCUUCUGGAGAGGCUCUACCGACGCCUACAUCAACCAUCCACGUUGUCACUUCACGACCUCAGUCCAGAGGCACCAUCACAAUCGUGGAAACCGGGACUACUUCUCCUAACCAGCAACGCUCGAAUGCACCAGUUAGACCUGAACCCCCAGCUUCCUCACCUCAAGCUCAGCCAAAUCAAGUUAAGAGAGAAGAGGAUAAGCAGGAGGUGCAGCUUACAGGGCAAGAGCCGUCAAACCAGAAAGACAAGGACCAAGAUGUUCAGAUGACAGGAACUGCCGAGGACGAUCAGGCGAAGGCAAAUGAGAGUCAGGUAAAUGGUACCAACAAUGUCGAGAAGAAUGGCGCACCUGAAAAGGUGGCACACGCACCAGAUUCGGCGACAGAACAAUCCGAUACCAUUGAGAUAGAUGGGAGUGCCUCCAAGGAUGCUAGCACAGCGACUGUCCGACGAUCCACUAUCCAAUCUCCCACGAUUACGACAAGGUCUCUGACCGCGACCACACCUGGCAGCGCACGCCGACCCAGUCGACGCUCCAGUGCUGCGAGGAAGUCGGUGGAUACCGAGGGGGACACCGGUAGGCCUGCGAAUAACGAGAAUGACGACAAAGAAAAGGACGACAAAGAUGGCAAAGAUGAGAAAACGGAGAAGGAGAAUACUCGGCUGGAACCGCGGCGAUCAUUGACUGGACGAAUCCUACGUCGGGGGAGGUUUUAG